UCAACCGGCGACUGGUUCGCGAGCGACGGGUAAAAGCCGCGUGGGAGACGGUCGCGCGCAGUCCACUAGCUCGGAGUGUCACCGACGCACGUACGAGCAUCAUGCACUUCCUCCUCAUAGCAUGCACGCUGGCCGCGGUCGCCGCCGCGCCCGCUACCUACGACCAGAGGCAAGACGGCGAAGGCAACGUCCAAAUGGACUUGAAAGACAUCAUGUUCAUCGUUGGAGUACCCAAAAACAUACCAAACGAACUUUUGAGUCUCUUUCUUAAGAGCGCGAAGAGGAGUGGCGACCAACCGAUCGCACAGGACAGGGCUGAUACACAGUUGACCGCGUUCGUGGAACCUAGCACGCCGUAUCGAGUGAUCAUCGGUGGAGAGGGCGAGCGGUUGGUGGAGACGGACGGGAGCAAUGCCAUCGUCAUCGCCGGUCGACGACGCUUGGAGGCGGAGGAACCUGACGAGAUGAAACUCAUCGGAGCCACGGAGCAGUGCGGACCUGAGAGGAGACGAGAUCCCGUCACACUUAUGUGCAAGUCUAUCACCGACCUUCGCGCUGUUAUCAAACCUGAUAUCACCCCCGAAGUGGUUCCUGUACCGACGUAGUUCUGUAACCCGACUGUUUGUAGAAUAAGUUAUUUAUUGUUAAAAUAUUAAUUAUUUAACAUCACAAUUAGGUUUUAAGUGUUUUUUUGUAAGAAAAUAAAUGUUAAUUAAAAGCUGUU